AUGGAAUGCAUAGGAGUUUUACCAGCGCCUGAAGAUGUUAUGCAACCAGCAAAUAUACCUCUAUUCGGAAUCCUGGCGGAAAAUACCACAGAACCAGGACAGUGCUAUUUCUGCUUUGAACAGAUUGAUGGAAACGAACUACUUGCGAUGACGAUGCAAUGCUGUCAACAAAAAGCUCAUUGUCGAUGCUUCCAAAUGUGGGCGGCGCAAUACAACGGCACAGCCAUCGGAACCGUACGGUGUGGGUGCUGCAGAACAUCAAGCCAGGACAAGGAACUCUGUUACCUGUGCUUACAGAAUAAAAACAACGGACAAGAACUAAACAAAACCCGAUGCUGUCAAACAACGAUCCAUAAAAACUGUACGGAAAUACUAAAAGAACUACUGACCAAGCUGACAUUCGAAUUUUCGCUAGAAUGUG